AUGGAUCCAUGGGAGGAGAUGCAGCAGUUCUCCCUCAACGAACGAAUCUUCUGCCUCACUACUGUGACAGACACGCACCAUGACGUCCCCAAGGGCAUCUUUGCUCGGGUGUGGGACGUCGAUGCUGCUGAUGAGGCCGCCCUCCUCCCCCAGGCCCAUCCCCCAUUCACAGAGGUGCUUCACUUAGAUUCCCAGCAGCCCUGCAUCACCCACUCCACUGCCACUGCUGUUGUGCUGCGAGCCGAUGGGGCCGUUGCCCUCUGGACCGCCUCUCAAUGCACCCACCACAUGGUUACACCCCACCACAUGGUUACACCCCACCACAUCACAUCUCAUGGCGUUACAUCUGACGGCGUUUCAUGUCACGCGGUUUCAUCUGGGACGGUUACAGCUCCGUUGCCCUCCAACCAGGUAGCGCCAAGACGAGCCUGGUCCCAAGGCCCCAUAAUAACUACCAUUCAGCCUCCACAGCAGUCCCAGCAAGACCUGGUUUAUCUGCCUCACCCUCCUCUAAUGUAUCCUCUCUCAGCCAGUGCCUCUUCUGCCACUGCUGCUAGUGACGAAAAUGGUGACAACGACGCUAGCAGCAGUGGCGGUGGUGACCGUGUGGGUGAUAGUAGUAAUCAUUGGGACAGGGACAGUAGCGAGUGUGUGGUUGUUGCAGACAGCUACUGGAGAUGGCUGGUAAUGGCGCGAGGGGCUAUAGCUGAGGUGUAUGAUUUUCUGGUGGGCUAA